GAGGCAGCGCCACACUCAUACGCCCAACACCUCCCACCAACAAACCCAUUGCUCCUGCUGCCUCUCAGCCCAUCAAAAUUAAGGCUAUGCCCAUUGCUCCCAAUCAGACCAGGAACAAGCAGCGCGUGAUCAUCCCAGUGUCCGGCUCAGGCUCGUCCAAUGUGUCGGGUGGGAUGCCUCAGACCAACCUGACCCUCCCAGCCUCUGCCCUGCCCCCAGGAGUCCUUUCCAACACCCAGCCAGGUUCAGUGGUUAUGAUCCCAGCUCACUACAUGUCACAGCUUCAGUCAAACACUACAAGCAACAGCACAAUUCAAGCAUCAAACCAGAUUCCUCCAGGAACCAUCAUCCCACACACCACAAAGCCACAGCCUUCUCGCACAAUCAUUGAUGCAAAUGGGAUCAGACCAAGAAAACCUUGCAACUGUACAAAGAGCCAGUGUCUUAAAUUAUACUGUGAUUGCUUUGCAAAUGGAGAAUUUUGCAACAACUGUAAUUGUGCAAACUGUUUCAACAAUUUAAAUCAUAAGGAGGAUAGACAGAAAGCAAUCAAGACAUGUUUGGAUAGAAAUCCCCAAGCUUUCCGGCCAAAGAUUGGCAAAGGUGGAAGCGAUAAUGAAAUAAUGUCAUUUGGGGAAGAAAAUUCAAGCAGAAAAGAAAGAUUCUAG